CAUACAUAUAUUCAUCUAAUCAUCUCUCCAUAGUUCCUUCCCCAUCGCCGCCCAUUCUUUCUGCAAUUGAUUUGUGUCAAUGGCUUUCUCAUCAUGAUUUGUUAAGCAUACUCGUUUUUCACAAGCUACUUCACAGUACCAAUAUGAUCUCCAUGGCAGAUUAAUGAGUCUGGUUUUUAUUGUAAUACUGCAUCUUUUUAUUAAUAAAAUUGUUUUUUCCUCAAAAAAUGAAAUUGCUUGGUCUUUUAGAACUCCAACAUAGAACUCCCGUUAAUUUAAUCUCAUCUGCAACAUAGAAGAGUAUUUUUCACUUUCCAUAGAACACAGACUCACGAUUCAGGAAUUCACUAGAGCACGAAAACAAAUCUUAGCUUAAGAUCAAACUAAUACACUUCUGAGUUUUGUACGUAGUAACAUAAUGGUUAGAGCUAACUAGGCUCAGGCCACUAUGCAGUAGGCACUAACUUCAUUACCAUUUAUCUUUUUGCAUUACACUUAAAACUAUGAUGUCAUAUGUUUGGGUGGGUUCAAAAAGUUGAAAAAUUUCAGUUUUUUGAGGAAAAGCGGUCCUGAUUCCCUAUUACCGCUGAUGUUAAGAGUAUGCAAGAACAAGAGGAGCGAACAUUUGUUCAUGGUGUUUUAGCUGGGCUUGGUCCACAAUAUGAGGUAUCAAGGAGUCAAAUACUGUCUGGUGGGACCCUUCCUAGUUUUUCUGACCUCCAUGGACGUCUCUUUCCAGUGUGCAAAGAUGGAGAAUCCAGAAUGAUGAACUCGAUUGAUACUGCUGCCUUAGUCAGUGAUGUGAGCCAUGGUAAAAGGACGAAUUCAGUCACUACUGAAGGGACUCGUAAUUCUUCUCGUACAUGGUAUCACUGUGGAGCUGAGGGUCAUGUGAAGAAGAAUUGCUGGAAAUUACAUGGUCGUUCACCACAGACAUCUGGACAGCCUCCUAGGUGUGUUGCUAAUAUGAUUAUCCAGGAUGGUAUCCUACCAACUCCUUCCACCGUUACUAUCUUAGUCUAUGAAUAUGCUUGGCCACAACAACUUUCUCUCACAGCCUCAUCUGCCACCACACAAGUUUAUAUAGGUAAUCCUGUUGCAUGCCUCUCUACAUCAUCACGCAAUUGGGUGAUCGAUUCAUCUGGCGCAACCGACCAUAUGACUGGAUCUUGGGACGAAGCGGGUUAUUGGUAAAGGAAGACUGGUUAAUGGCUUAUAUGUUUUUGAAUCCUUGGUGCCGAGAUCAGUUGCAUACACAAGUUCGUCUCUGUUGAAAGUUCACUGUCAAUUUGGUCAUCCAUCUCUUUCUGUACUACAAAAAAUGUGUCCUAGUCUGUCAUGGGAGUCCGUUUUGGAGUGUGAAGCAUGUCAGUUUGCUAAGCAUCAUAGAACAACUUUCCUUCUAAUAAAUAAAAGUGUUGAGUCUAGUUUUGAUUUAGUUCACACUGAUAUGUGGGGUCCUUGUCUUG